CAGACUGUUUCAAGUCGACUCGACGUGCGUCCGUAUGAGUGAGUUCCCUGUAUAUAUGCCUGCCUGUCAAGCUAUGCUAUCCCCUCUGUCAUGUCAUCGGCUGCCUGCCUGCCGGCCUCUCACUCACUCACUCCCUCACUCACGGCUCCUUGCUCUCCUCGCCUCGCGGCACGAGUACCACGCACAUAGGGAUGCAUCGACUCGACACACGUACGGCACGGCACGGCACGCUCACACCACCUCCCUCGUCGACGGACACAGCACACCAAGAGACUCACGAAAAAGACGACAACACUCCACCACAUCGCACCAGAGAGCAACCACGCAUUGGUCGAUUCGUUAUCCAUUCACGGCAGCAGCAGCAGCAGCAGCAGAAGGCGGCUGGCAUUAGCGUUUCCAUCACCCUGCCCAUCCCCCCCUCUCGAGAGGGGAUGUGCGGCCGGCGACGACCACGCCAAUGAUGCACAGCCGGCCAGCUGCCGCCACGACCCAGCGCGACAUGACCGCCCACACACCAACAUCCGGUGCACAGCACACAUCUGGACCGCUACGGCAAAGGGAGAUGGCAAGACUGACUGCAUUCAGUCGACCCGACGCCCAACGAUCAGACAGAGAGAGAAAGGGAUGGGUACACGAGUUAGCUAGAGGGAGUUGAUUAAACGCUCUUGCAGCCAGCCAGUCAGACAGCCACCCAGGCAUCCAUCCAUCAAAACGCAGGAGGCAGUCCCUCAGACCCGUCUGCCUCCUCGAGAGUGAGAGAUUCGAGCAUACAUACCAUACGUACAGUAUAUGUGAAUGCAUUCAUUGAUAUUAUGCAUAGGCCCAAAAAGCGCCGCCCCGCACGCACACAUGGCAUCCAUCCCAUCGCACCAACCACACAGACAGAGCAUCGAUCGCAUCGCCCGUCUCCCUCUCUCUCCGUGUAUACAAACCCGCCACGCUAAGCCAGAUAGAUAGAUAUACACCACUUCACUGCAUCUGUGUACCCGACCUGCUGACUGACUGACUGAAGAGCUCUCACCCUCUACCUCCCUCUCUCUCUCGGACAAAACCAUGACGCGCCCCUGUCAUUCAUCCCUCCCCUCUCUCGCGUACAUACAUAGUCCAGUCAGACCAAAAUUGUGGGUUGGCCCCUGACGGAGUGGGUGAGUGAGGAGACAGACAGACAGACAGAGAGGCAGACAGACGGACAAGCAAUACAGUCGAAAUACGUUGUGUACAUACCUAGGAAGAAAGAUUGUUUGGCAGCCAGACCCUCCCCCGUCCCCCCUCUCCUGUCCUCUCUCACCGCUCUCCUCUCUCAAAGAAUGAAAGAAAGAUGUAUGGGAUACAUACAUAUGUACACACUCAAACAACGACAACAACAACAACAACAAAAGGCGCAAACCACAAACAAACAAACGUGCCGACCGACCGUCUAUGGCUGAUGGUAGAGCACCACAGCAGGCGCCACUCGAGCGGGCAUUGUGAGGCGGGGGCGGGGGCGGGUGGGGGAUGGGAGGGAGGGGUCGAGUCGGCUCUGCUGCUUUGUGGUUGCGGUGGUAGUGGUCUGGUCGGGCACGAUGGCGUUGAGGAGGUCCUUGAUGUGCUCGUUGAUGAGCAUGAGGAAGUAAAACGAUAUGAAUCCGCGCGCAAUGUGCACACUCAUACCUGCAGCAGCAGGGGCAAGAAAGAGAUGAGAGGAGCCGAAGGUUGGUGCGUAUACGUCGGUGUCUCUGUCUCACCUCCGUAGAGGCCUCUGAUGCCCUCCUCGCGAGCCACAAGAGCUGUCGCCUGCCACACAUUCCUGAAUUAACAAAGCCAGCAUACAUACCCGGGGGGAAGACAGCAACGCUCACGGACCGCCUGACUGAAUGGCCUUUACAUUUCCUUCCUUGUUGUGUUUGUCUGUGUGCGGUGCGCAUACCUACCGGUAUCUGCCUCCCUCGAAGAGUCGUGUGCGGACCACCUCAUGGGGAUAGGUCGCCAGGAUGGCAACCACCUUGGAACACGCCGAUGCAAACGAUAUCUGACCAGUGGACGGACAUUAUAGCAUCGAGUUCACAGCAUGCAGUCGUGUCUCGGAUAGAUCUGUGGAUGCUCACCCACCUCGGCCUUUGAGAGCGCCUUGAGGGGCUCCACGCCCUGAGACGCCCGCGACUGAUUCUCCCUGCAACGCAACGCAAGGCAUAGUACACACACAUUCAAACAUAAGUUAUGGCCUGACAUCCAUCCAUCCAUGCCAUGCAUACGAUGCGGUGCACUGAACACGACAGGCACGUACACAUUGAGUCGUUUCCUCUUGUAGAACUCGAAUGUGUGCCAGAAGACGAGCCCCUCGGCGAUGCCAAAGUAGGAGGCCAAGUUGCCCUUGAAGAACCCACGAAGACCCUCGGUGGACCAGAUGUUCCGCACCUGACAUAUCGUCGCCGCCAACCGACCCUGACCCUGACACACAACACAACACAACACAACACACGCACGUGAGACCACUCGCAUGGCAUAGCAUAGCAUACACACAUACACGACUGACUGACUGCAUGGCUGGCUUACUUAACUAACUUACCGCAGUGAUGGUGUCGGCUGCCUUUGAAGCGGCCAGCUGGCAUUUGGUGCCGACCAUGAAGAAGGGGUUGGUGGCCGUGUAGGCACUCAGCCCCGCCACGAUGGCAGCGAUGCUCGUGGACCACGACCCGUCGCCCAGCCGCCUCAGACAGGCCGCCUUGGUGCCCUCGUACGACGCGAAGUACACUCCCUUCUUGCCAAACACCCCAAGAGACGUCCACACGGACCCCUUCCAGAAACCUUUGAGGCUCGAGGCGUCGUAGAUGCUGCCCACCACCUUGGGGAUCUGUCUGAGCCCGCCGCCAUUGGACUGCAGCUGCGUCCGCACCACGUCGAUGGGCGAGCAGAAGACGUUGGCCACGGACGCCCCCAGCCCCCCCGCCACACCGCCCUUGACGAACUUCUUGAUCCAUGCGGGCGACAGCACCACCACUGUGGCCGGUUCGCUGGUGCGGGGGAUGGCUGGAGCUGGCCUCUGCCGACGGGGGGAGGCCGUCGACGCCUUCUCGUCCUUGCCAGAGCCAUCCUGCAUCCUGAAGGCCCUCUUGAUCUUGGAUGCGAGGCGGGUCGAGGGCGCCUCGCCGGCCAGGGGGGCGGUGGGUGGUGUGAUGACCCUCCUGGCGUGGCUCAGCUGCCGCGGAAUGACGUCGAGGAACGACUUGGACGGGGCGGCGUGGGCGGAUGGGGCGGCUGACGAGGCCGAGAGGGCGAGAAGCACGAAGGCCAGUGUGAGUGGGCGGGUGUUGUGCUGCUGGCAGCACGACGCUGGCUCCUUCUGGGUGUGAGCGAGGAAGCUCUGGAGGACGACGGGCAGCGAGACUCCACACUGGGCCAUGAUGAUGAGCACCGCCAGGCAGGUGACGUACUCGACGUCAGCACAGAUGCCGCACAGGGCCCGCACCAGCCGCUGCAUGUCAUCGUGCUGUCGGUGUGCGCACGUGGCCGAGGCCGAGGCCGCUGCCGCAUCUCUCCUGAACUCAAAAUCGUCGACAAACGUCAGGGAUCUCAUCAUGCACCUAGUGGGGACAGAGUCAGUCGCACUCACACACGCGACCUUCACAAAAGCAGGCGCAAGAGGCGGGCGAUCG